UACUUAUCACGUGAGAAGUAAGCAUAGAAGAGAAAUAAGAUUCCUGACGUACAACAUUUGGGACUCCUCUCUUAAGAUGCGUGAAAGAAUGAAAGAACUUGGAAAAAUUGUAGAGGAUCUCGAGCCAGAUGUUUUAGCAUUUCAAGAAGUCACGCUAGACAACCUGGCAGUUCUACGAGAACAGCGCUGGUUUUCUCGCUACCAUCUUAUUCCACGAGGCGUUUUGAAAUCCGAUGGAAAACAUUUUGUCAUUAUUUUGAGUGUCUUUCCUGUUGAGAAAUGGCUAGUUCAUCCAUUCACAAAUAAUGUGGACUCUACAUCGAAUCGUGGUCUUGUUUUAGCAGAAGUAAGGAACACCAUUUCUUCUAGAGAUGUUGCUUUUGUCUUUGUAGCAACACACUUAGCAUACGGUGGCUUCGGCACUACGCAACGCGAACAACAGUUGAAAGAAUCAUUUCCAAUUAUCUCUUCAUACGACAAUGUUUGUAUCAUGGGAGAUUUGAACAUCUAUGAAAAUAUCGAUGGCGAAGUUGUGCUGCCACCAGCUUGGUUUGAUGUGUGGCUAUCGAUUCCCGGAAAUUCAAACGAAAAUGGGUUUACGUGCGAUCGGUUAAAAAAUUCGAUACUGAGAGGUCCUCCUGCAGUGAAUGCAACAAAUUACAAGGCACGCUAUGAUCGCGUGUUUUGCAAACUGUUCGACUUCAAGGUUAAAGAAAUGAGAAUUGUUGGCGAUGAGGUGACAAGAACCGGUAUAUUACCUAGUGAUCAUUUCGGUCUUUUUACGGUGGUUGAACACAUAGAGAAAUCUGAAACUGAAAAACAGAAACAAUCAACCGGGAGUGAAAGUAAAGUUUAUUUUAAGAGGCCAAGAGGCUGGGAAAAAUUAAUUAAGUAAGUAAAGAUCACGAGGGCUGUUUCCUUCAUGUUGCUUCAAGUUAAAUUAUCUGUCAGAAGAAGAACUGUAAGAAGUGCUUUAAAAAGUACUUUAGUUUGUAAGGUAGUAUCUUUUGUUGCAUUAGCACUGUAAAUAUCAGUUGUGUAAUGUUUGAACAUUGUGAGUAUUGAUUGCAGUUACUGUAGAAUUGCAUCAUUGACAGUCACAUUGCAUAUCACUUUGUCACUAGUUGAUAUAUUUUGUUUGUACAGGAGUUAAUUGAUUUCAGCUUGAUUUACCAGUUUGCAUAAUCAUCAAAUUACCUGUAUAUGUAUAUGGAUUUUCUGACAGAUGUAGUUUAGUUGAUUUGCAAGUUGUAAGUGUUUUUGAUCUGAUUAAGCAAUACAUUAUUCGAUCAGUGCAUGAUUGCUGAGUUUAUAAAAGUUACAGUUCAUAUAUACUGCUAAUUAAAUGCAAAUGAAAAAAUUAA